ACGCUUGUUUCAUUGGUCAUUAACGUCAGAAAUUAGUUUUAAACGGUAUUCGCGCAAAGUGCUAAGAGAGUUCCAUCGCCCCCUUUAAGGUGCCCUGGGAAUACACCGUUUGCGUUUGAGAAAGAAUGACAGCCAGCACGCGCAGGUUGUCUCGAGCACUCUGCUCGCGCUCUUGUUCCCUUCCAUCUGUCUCUGCGAGGCGGUCCUGUUGCACGGCAGUCGAGCCAGCGUCCGCUAUGAGGUCGUCGCGAAGAACCUCCAGCAACGCAGCGCGCCCAAGGGAUCCCUUCUCCCUGGCAUCGGCGCUGGCGGCGUCUGCACCUCCUCCGAGACGCUUCAGCGUUCCAGAAGGCUUCGAGGAACUCCCAAAUGAAAAUACCUUCACGGAAGAAGACUGGGAACCAGAGAUUGUUCCGGGGCGGCCGGGCUACGUGCCGCUGAUGUCGAGGGUGCGGCCGUUCUUCAGAGAAGUGGUCGACAUGACGCCCCUUCAGCGACGUCAGUACUACGACGAGCUGCUCAAGCAGCACAAGGUCAUUGAGAUGCUUAGAGCCUUCGCCGGGAGCCAGGAGUGCGACCACACGGGACACCCAAACGAAGACUGCGUAAGCAACAACUUUGAUACCCAGCUGUCGAAAAGCCCAGUCUCAGUUAUUUUCGCGAAGCGUCAUAGUUUUGUGUUGCGUUCGUCGCCAUUCAUUGUAUGGUCUCUCUAUUGA